GAACACAUUGCGACUCCCAACGAUUUAUCCUCGGCAUUGAUCAGCCUCAAUUUGCGAGGCUUUCAUCCAGUCACCUUUCCAGUCACCUUAAUUUCAUCAUGACUUGCCAGAAAAUAUGGAUCUGCUCACGCGCCUGAUCGCAGGCUCUGGCAACUCUCCCACCAAACGCCAGACCAAUACCCCGGCUGAACGCUUGACAACCUGCAAGAGCAUCUGCAGUGCCUUGACGCAAACCUGGCGAAAUGGCACUGUCGAGCGCGAGGAUGAAUCCGCCUUGAUCCACACUGCCAAACUCCUACAUCGUCUCGAAUCUAUUCUCCACGACGAAUCCCGCAGAGCCGCUCCUCAUUCCUGUCUUAAAUAUGUCGCUUCGAGUCAAGCAUACAUCAUCAUCACAAAACUUGCUGUUUCCGCCCGAGAUGUCGAUAUCAUUGCUAUCUCCGCUCAACUCUUCCACAUCCUCAUCAAUGGCGAGGCCGACGGACUGCUAGAUAGCAAGUUGUUUACUCGCUCUCUGUUGGACCUUGUCUGUUACGCAACAAUCGGCGGCAGGAUUAUCGUCGAGGAAAAAUUGGAAACGGAUUUGGUCGAGCUACUCUUUGAAAUCGCGACAAAGAUUCGAUCCGAUCCGGACAUCCUACCCGCCUGGUUCUUCCCCGAGCGCGAAUCCACCCGUGGACAGAAUUUAGCAGAUGAGUCUAGGAGAUCUCAAUUCCCAUUGUUCUAUGUCCUGGUCCAGUAUGUCCACCACGAUGGGCCUGUUGGCGAUUUCUCCCGGACCGCCCUUUUAUACUUGACCGAGACGGCUUCUAAAUUUAAACCGCUCGAGACUUGGAUGAUCGAGAGCGAUCUGGCACCGCAGAUGGCUAGUGGUCUGGGUGCUCUCUACAGUAGAUUGAGCAGACAGACCGCAUCUUCAUUAGGCGCCUCUCUCCCUAUUGUCGCUCUUUCGGACAGACCCCAGAACAGCGCCUCCCCAGCGACCACUCCUCCAGAUGUGCAACAAGAAAUCAAGGCAUUUUAUUCCUAUCUAGCAUUUUGGCAAGAUACGUUAAAUCAUUGCAAGUCGGUCGAAGUCGCAGACACCCUCCUCGACCAUUUUCAAGUUCUCUUUGUCCAACAGCUACUUUACCCAUCGUUACUUGAGUCUUCGGACGUCGAUGGUGGUUCUACGGCCGCGGUCAUCAGUCAUCUCUCCAGGCUGCUUCAAUCGCUUGAUCAUUACCAGUUGGUCGAUCGGAUCCUCGGCUAUCUCCUGGCAUCAACCAACAUGCCACAAGAACCCAGAGACAGGAAUGGGCGGCCCAAGCGCAUGUCAGUCAGUCGUAGCAAGUCGAUGGACCAUUUGAGAGCUCUUGCAGAAGUUGCAGAUGCACCUUCACCAAACCUGUUCAAUCUGCUCGACUUGAUGGUAAUAAGUCUGAAAUCAACCCAUGUUGAGACCGUCAAUGCUUGCCUCAAAUUGCUCUCGGUCAUCAUUUCCAAGCAUCAUUUUCACGUCCUCAUGGAUUUGUUCCGCCUCGAACACAAUCUUGCUUCACAACAGUCCCGCUCAGGAAUGGGGCAGUUCAACAAUAACUUGGUGCAGCUGUUUGAUUAUGCUGUCGCCAUAUCUCAGAGUGACGAGAUGGACAGCUCAUACCAAGCAAUUCUGGCUGACGAGCAGGUGUCCCUUGAGCACCACAGUUGUCUUGCUUUUGACGUUGGUCAGAAUGACCUAGGUGUUCGGCAUAUGGCCAUUGCUGGAGACUGUAAACUGUUUGAAGCCCUGAUGCAGCUCUUGCAGUCCUUCUUCGUCAAUGAAACGACCACGAAUUUGAGUUUGACUGGGACCAUUAUCUCGCUCGCUGCGUGUGAGCACAUGUGUCUUGUUGGCUGGCUCUUGCCCUCUGAGAGGAUGCAAGAAACAGAGUCGGAGGCGAGUUUGAACGUCACAAGUGUAAUCGCAAAGCUCAUUGAUCAGGUUCGCCAGUGGAAAUCACAACUUCCUGACUGGGACCGCCUGAUAUCUGCAAGACGGAUAGAGCUAUCCGAUGAUGAGCCACAGAGUUACCGUCAGCAGCACAUCGCGAUCCCUCCUCCGCAAAAGGAUUAUUUCCCGCCGCGCCAUGAUUCCCUGUCAUCCACUCCGACAAAGACUCGACUUGGACCCAGCACUCCCCGAGGUCGGUCAGCCGAGGCAUCUGAGCUUGGAUUUACUGACGGUCCGCUGUCGAUGCCCGGGAGCUUCCGGAGCAACUUUACUGAUCGUCCUCUUGGACAUUCACCGUUGCGGACUACCCUACAACGCGAUAACGAGGGUGAUAGUCAACUACAAUUGGAAACCGAGCGCCGAGAGACAGAAACCGCGGAGCUGUUGAAGACACAGCUCACCAUCUCGGGAUCUGGGGCAGUUCCUGGGGCCUCACACUCGUUAACUGAAGUCCAGGGGGACCAGAGGCCGGAAAAUGUUCGCACCAGCCUUGGUGCUGGGACUGCUGGUAUUCGGACAGGACUGACGGCCAGCGGAGACUCGGGCACAUCAACUCCAAUUGGAGAUGGUGCGUCCUAUCCCAAGAUGCAGGCCAGUCUCAGUCAUAUUCUCACUAAUGCCAUCAUACUGCAAGAGUUCAUCCUGGAGAUCGCAGCGAUGGUGCAGCUAAGGGCGACAUUCUUUGACGAAGUUGAUGUCGAGGAUAGAAAUCAAGAAAAUGCAUAGAGGGUCUCAUGUCAUCCCAAUAUAUAGAAGCCAACGCUGCGACGUUAGAAAAGGCCAAAAUUCCUACCAGCAUGGUUCAAGUCCAACCAAAUAAGUUGAUGGCUAUGCUAUGCAGAAGCAACAUGGUUACUCAAUGACCACUUAUUGUUUACGCGGCCAAGACUUCUCCGGCAGCGCCAUUU